AUGGGCAUCUCUUUGCCAAGGAUUGUGAGUUCAAAGCACUUUCUGAGGCGCAUUCAUCAGUCUUCGAGAACUGCAGAGGUCCCGAAGGGCCACUUGGCUGUGUAUGUUGGAGAGACUGAUCAAAAGAAGAGAUUUUUGGUCCCUGUUGCAUAUUUGAGCAACCCUUCAUUCCAUAGCUUGUUGAGUCAGUCUGAAGAAGAGUUUGGAUAUGAUCAUCCAAUGGGUGGCCUUACAUUCUCUUGUACAGAAGAGAUUUUCUUCAGGUUGUCCGGUAUUACUCGUGCUAAGCAAGUCCAUUGGCGAUCUCCGUUGACUGGAAACCAAGCAGAUUUGAAGGCUGCAGAUGUUCCAAAGGGUGCUUUACAGUUUAUGUUGGAGAGGGACAAAAUUCCGAUAUCUUACUUGAACCAGCCUUUGUUUCAAGACUUGCUAAGCCAAGCAGAAGAAGAAUUUGGAUAUGAUCAUCCAAUGGGUGGCAUCACAAUUCCAUGUAGUGAAGACUUUUUCCUUGAUCUUACUUCUCAAUUUAGAGCUUGA